AUGUUUGAAAGGAUGAUGAUCUCAAGCUCGAUGGCAAACAUUCUGAGUUAUACUUGGCUAAAAAGAUUUGAUGCAAGCGAAAUUCAUCGAUUAGUUCAGACCUUGCAAGAAAUGAUCAUGAUUGGGUGGUUCAACAGGAAGACUAUCGAGAAUGUGGGGAAUUUUCCACGAGCAACUCGACUAUUCCUGCAAAUUACGUCUCAAUUCAUAAAUGUAUUUGAACAGCUUGGAAAUGUUUUCUUCACAUGUAGCCGUUUUCCGUACAAGGAUUCAGUCACUAAUGAAUGGUUCACUCUGCCAGAUGAUGAAAUUGAUAGGAAACAACCUGUAAAGGUAAUAAAUGUCGAUAAAGACUGCAAGAAAAGUACAUGCUACUUAUCCCAAGAUGGCGUCGAUGAUUUCAUAGACUCACUUAUAGAUGAAGAUCAUGAAGUAUUCGUUCAUGGAACCGGACACCUAUACGCUCAGGACAUUAUCGAAGGAGGCAUCGACGUAAAAAGAGGGGCUUGUCGCCAGGAUUUCAGCAAUGGGGACGGUUUCUAUCUUGGUGAUGACUUUAAGGAAGCUUGUAGAUGGCCAGCAUCUCGUGGACACCUCAACACUGCUGUCCUUGUCUUUCGUGUCGAGAAGACGGAGCUGCGAGGUCCAGAUAAAGGGUUGGAUCUGAGGAGUGAUAAGAAGAGAUGGUUAGAGUUGGUCAAGGAAUUUCGCUCAGGACGGCCAGCUAAAAAAUUUGUCAAAAGUUUGAAGGAGUACGACUUUAUCGAAGGGCCUAUGGCUUCAAUGUCUAGCAAGAACCCAAAUGUCGAUUAUCCGAGACAAAAGGAGGGUACCUAUCAACUCUGUGUUAAAACAGACUGUUGUGCUGAGAUGUUUGAUCGAAGCCUUCAUUCAGUUAUUUUCUUUAAACGUUAA